GAGCAACGGAUGCUGAUUGAACUCAGAAUCGUACCUCCAACAACUUAUGGCAGUUUGUGUCGUCCAGGUGUCGUCCAUCAACUCCGGCCCUCAUUCUGAAUAAACAGUAUAGUCCCGAAAACCGGCAGGACUUGCCAAGUGAUCAUCACUAUUAGACAUUCGCCGAAGGCACGGGGCCAUCAGCUCCCCCUUGCGAAUUACGUCUGGACCCAUCCUGCAACCUUUUAACUCAGACUUGGACAUGUUCUAGACUAAGCUCUUUCUGCAUGCCAGAGCUACCUGAAGUGGAGAGGGCCACCGCCCUCAUACGAUCCGUGGCUUGUGGUAAGGUCAUCGUUCGGGUGGAAACGAGUGAAGACACGAUUGUGUAUACCGGUACAGAUCACACAGAGUUUGCGAAAGAACUCACAGGACGCAGCGUCGUGGAUGCAGCUAGAUACGGCAAAGUCUUUUAUAUUAAGUUAGACGGGGAAGGCAGAGCGCCUGUCCUUCAUUUCGGCAUGACUGGAAUGCUUCAGGUCAAAGGCCAACUCCCAACAUACUACAGAAAAACCCCGAAGACAGCGUCAUCUGAUUGGCCGCCACGUUUCAUGAAGGCAUUUAUCUUACAUUUGAAAAAUGAGGCCACCGGCGGAAUCAGCGAAUUGGCCUUUCUGGAUGCACGUCGGCUAGGCCGUAUCAGGCUGUGUGCUUCACCUUUGACAGAACCACCGAUCUCUACUCUCGGGUUCGACCCUAUACUGUCUAUGCCAGUGUUGACGGACUUUCAGACUGCCGUGUUAAGGAGGAGCUGCCCCAUCAAGGCGUUGCUUCUUGACCAAUCCUUCAGCGCUGGUGUUGGCAAUUGGGUCGCAGACGAGAUUUUGUACCACGCUGGAGUGCACCCAGAACGUCGGUGUAACACACUUGCCCCUUUCGAAGUACAAAAGCUACAUGAACAAACUCAAUAUGUUUGUAAAACUGCGGUAGCAGUGAAUGCUGAUGAUACAAAGUUCCCUGAAAACUGGUUGUUCAAGCACCGUUGGGGUAAAGGCAAAAAGAAGCACACGCUCCUUUUGCCUUCAGGGGAACCGGCCACGAUCAAGUGGGUCACUGUCGGCGGCCGGACGUCUGCAUACGUUGCUGAACUUCAACAAGUUACCGGCGGGAUAAAUGAGUCUGAGGAUCCUCCUUCAGUAAAUCAGUCGGACAGCGACAGCGAUCUCACGCCUUUGGAAGAGGAAGAAGAAAUCACGAUAGUGGCUAUCAAGGCAAAGCGAACACGCAAGGUUGGAUAUCUUGCGAUUAAGUUCCUCGCGGGCGUUCUCAAUAAUAAUGUGCUUCCAGAAUGUCGUCACUGCUACGCCCUCCAAGCGAGUAACUAAACGCUCCAAGUUUUUCUGACAGACAUCACGCCUGCGGCUCUACAUUAGCUACCGAUCGUUGCCAUGUAAUGUGUUGCAUGCACGCAUAAUUGGAAGUGAAUUCAGUCUGGUUAACUUUCUGGCCGAAUAAGUCGGAGAACCGUCA